UCGGAAAAAAAAAACAACAACACACGAGCGGAACAGAAAUAUUUGCGAAAAGCUCUUAAACAGAAGUGUCACAACUUGUUUAAGAUAGAAAACCAUGGAAAAUGAUAAAAGGUCAAAGACUUCAAAGUCAAGAAGGGAAACAGCGGUACAAGGAACCAAUGACAGUAGCAUAGUUAGCAAGUGUUCUAUGUCCCUGCAGGGAUAUUUUGAUGACCCCUAUCUACAAGGCUUUGUUUCCAAGGUUACCAGACGUGCUCCACUUAUACAUAGAGGGUAUUACAUCAGGGCCCAGACAAUCGACUACAUACUGAACAAGUUCCUAGAGAGUAACCCUGGUGAUAAGCAGAUUAUCUCCCUUGGAGCAGGUUUUGACUCAGCUUACUUCAGACUGAAAGCUCAGAAUUUGUUGCAGGGAACCGUCUUUUUUGAGGUGGAUUUUCCAGAGGUUGUAAAGAGAAAACAUGCCCUGAUAGAUUCUAACCCAGAAAUGCUGGCACUGGUGGGGGAGAGCUGCUCCCUGAUACAUGAGAAAAGUCCACACAUUGAAAUAUCAACCAGUAGCUACAAGUUGCUAGGAGCAGACCUGUCACAGACAAACAUACUGGAAGCUGCACUCAAGCUGUGUGACAUAGACUUUGACUGUCCUACCCUGCUCAUGUCAGAAUGUGUCCUCACCUAUAUGACAAGAAGAACAGCUUCUGGUGUGGUGAAAUGGGCCAAUGAAACAGUUGUGAACUCUGUGUUUGUUUUGUAUGAACAGAUAAACCCCACAGACGCAUUUGGAUUGUUUAUGCAGCAUCAUUUUCAAAUAGUGGGCUCCCCUCUGAAGUGUAUCAACUUCUUCCCCAUCAUACAGUCACAGAAAGACAGAUUUUCUCAACUGGGUUGGAGGGACCUUGAAGUAUUGGAUAUGAAUGAAUUCUACAACAACUUGCUGAGUCGUGAUGAAAGGGACCGAGUGGAAAAGUUAGAAAUGUUUGAUGAGUAUGAGGAAUGGCAUCUCAAAUGUGCUCACUAUAUGGUGUUACUGGGUUACCAUGGUAACUGCAGUCAGUUGUUGACAGGAAUGGUGCCACAGAAAGAUAAUACAAUGAAAGUGGUGAAGGAAUAUAAAGGAAUGGUAGAGGUUUCUAGCUGUGACAGUAAACAGCUUAUAAGAAGGUUUGGUCAUGCUACAGCUCGGUGGGGAACCAGUCUAGCAGUUUGUAUUGGAGGGUUUGGAGAACAAGCCGGGAAACACAUGCGGGUCACAGAUAUUGUACUAAUUGAUAUGGAUACUUUGAAGGUCAAAGUGAUUAAUCCAAAUGUAGACAAUAGAACAUUUGAAGUGAGCAGGAUGCAUGCAACCCUGUCAAGUUUAAAAGAUGGAAGACUCAUUCUCAUUGGUGGACGGCUUUCUCCCAUGAGGCUUUGCACACAAAUGGUUUCUAUAGAUUUGAAUUCUGGGAAAGAAAAUUUGAAUCAAUAUCAAUAUGCUGUGUGUAUGAAUUGUGGUAGAAAUGAAGCCAAGUUGAAUGAAGUAAAAAGUGAUUAUAUGGAAGAGAAUAUGAAUAGUUUAAAGUCAAAUAAUGCAGCCAUAGAUAAAUCAUUGAGUGAAGAAAAUUUGUGUAUGAAUUGUUCCAGAAUGAAUAUUUCCAGUGUUAAAAAGUGUGUCAUGAAUAGUUGUAGUGAAGGAAAAGAAAAUUCUGAAAAUAAAGAAAAUUUUGUCAAAAAUGAUGAUAAAAUAGGAAAUGUGCAAUUGAAUUCUGAAGCUGGAAGUGAUAUUAGUAAACCUGUGAUAAUUGGAGCCUGUGAUACUGACCGGGAUUCUGGAGUACCAAGUGCAGAAAGGUCACUGUCUGAGAAUGAUGAAACUGUGAUAAUUGCUGUGAUAGAACAGAAUGGAGACUUGCCCAGCUCCAGAUGGAGACAUACUGCUGUGGUUUAUGAAGAGAAUGGAGCAGAAUCUGUUAUUGUUUAUGGUGGGAGAUCACAGAAUAUCCUGGCAUUGGGUGAUUGUUACAUGUUCAUGCCUCAUACAUACACCUGGAGCAAGGUUGAGACAUCAGGGAAGGCACCUGAGCCACGCCAGUCACACUCGGCAUGUAUCUGGAAUAAGCACAUGGUUGUUGCUGGAGGACUCAAUGCUGACCUUCAGCCUUUGACAUCUGUGCACUUACUGAACUUGGAGACAAACAUGUGGAGUGAGUUAAAUUGUGGAAUUAAUCCAAGAUAUUCACAUACAGCACAUGUGAUUGAGGAUAUAUUAAUUUUGAUUGGUGGAGUGAGUUUCUCCCAUGAUCCUCCAGGGGUUGCUAUGAUACAUCUCCCAUCAGGCACUAGUGCAGAAUUUGCACUUCCUGCUGCAAACAAAGACAACUUGUUAAUGUUACACAGACAUACCACAGUUGUCAUGGAUGACCAUAGAAUCCUGUUGCUGGGUGGAGGAGGAAAUUGUUUUUCAUUUGGAACACAUCUGAACUCUUCCCCAGUUAUACUGGAUUUUAGUGAAUCUCUUAAAACAGUGAAAUAGAUUAUAAUGAAAAUUGACACCAAAAGUAAAAUUCAGUGGUAACAUUUGGAAACAGACUGUUUGCAGUUACAUUUGAAACUACAUUUGAAACAGACUAUGGGCAGUAUCAUUUUGAAGCAGACUAUGGGCAGUGACAGUUUGAAACAGACUUUGGGCAGUUAGAGAAUGAAAAGACUGUUUUGAUACAAAAGUAGGGAGGUUCUGUGCAGUUAUGAUGCCAUUUGCUGUGCCAAAAAAAUAACUUGUAUGUUCUGUAUUUAUUUUAAGCUAUAUAUGAUAGGUUAUAACUAUUUUGAAUAAAUUUACUUACAGCUGCAACAGAUUUUAGAUUUCUGUUUUUUAGCUCACCUGAGCACGAAGUGCUCAAAGGUUGAGCUUUUAUGAUUGCCCUGUGUCCGUCGUCAGUCAGUCGUCUGUUGUCAACAGUUUUACUGUUAACACUCUAGAGGUCACAAUUUUGGCCCAGUCUUAAUGAAACUUGGUCAGAAUGUUACCCUCAAAAAAAUCUUGGACAAGAUCGAUAUUAGGUCAUCUGGGGUCAAAAACUAGGUCACCGGGUCAAAUCAAAGGAAAAGCUUGUUAACACUAGAGGUCACAAUUUUGAUCCAAUCUUAAUGAAACUUGGUCAGAAUGUUACUCUCAAUAAAAUCUUGGAUAAUUUAGAUAUUGGGUCAUCUGGGGUCAAAAACAAGGUCACCAGGUCAAAUCGAACGAAGAGCUUGUUAACACUCUAGAGGUCACAAUUUUAGCCCAAUCUUAAUGAAACUUGGUCAGAAUGUUACUCUCAAUAAAAUCUUGGACGAGAUCGAUAUUGGGUCAUCUGGGAUCAAAAACUAGGUCACUUGGUCAAAUCUAAGGAAAAGCUUGAUAACACUCUAGAGGCCACAUUUAUGACUGUAUCUUCAUGUAACUUAGUCAGAAUGUUAAUCUUGAUGAUCUUUAGGUCAAGUUCGAAUCUGGGUCAUGUGAAAAACUAGGUCACCAGGUCAAAUCAAAGGAAAAGCUAGUUAACACUUUAGAGACCACAUUUAUGACCAUAUCUUAAUGAAACUUGUUCAGAAUGUUAAUCUUGAUGAUCUUUAGGUCAAUAGGUCAGGUGAACGAUACAGGGCCUUCAUGGCCCUCUUGUUUCAUUUAAGUAAAUUUAACUAUUAUACACAGAUUGCAUUUAUAUUUAUAAUAUAUGUAUUUAUAUUUAUAAUAUAUUAUCAACUGCUGCAGGAAUUUUGAAGCUGCUUUUAAGAUAAAGACAAGUGUAUAAACACCAUAUCACUGGUUAUGCCUAGCUAUAUUUGCUGGAGUAAUGAUUAUGUCGAGUUCAAUGGAUUUGUUAUUAUACAAAAGUUUACAAAGAGUUUUAGAUUCAAGAUGUGUACCUUCGUAUAGAAAAUACCUGUACAGAUUUAUUAUCGGAUGGUGAAAUAUGUUACAGUUGCUUCCAUAUAAAUCUACACUUUUUAACCAUCACAAGUAUGAUUUGAAUACGUAUAGUGUAAAAUUUCUGUAUAUUGCCUCCUAAUCCUGAAUGUGUUACAGUGAAGACAUUUAUUGACACUACCUGUACUUGUACCUGGAUAAAAUUCAGCUUCUCUUUUGAUAGUAAUUUACUGCUUCCCUUUGAAAAACUAGAUUUUUAUUGGCUCAUUUGAUUUUUUGAAGAAAAAAAAAGAUGAGUUAUUGUCAUCACUUGAUCGGUGUCUGCGUUGCCUGGUUAAAUUGUAUGUUUAGGUCAGCUUUUCUCCUAAGCUUUGCUUUUCUCCAAAGCUAUUGCUUUGAAACUUGCAACAGUUGUUCACAAUCAAAUGCUGACUCUGUACAGAAAGAAACAACUCCAUCCUGCUUUUUGCAAGAGUUAAGACCCCUUUUGGACUUGGAAAAAGAUCAGAUUUCUUGGUUAAGUUUUUAGGUCAACUUUUCUCCUAAACUAUCAAAGCUAUUGCUUUAAAACUUGCAACACUUGUUCACCAUCAAAUGCUGACUCUGUACAGCAAGAAACAUAACUCCAUUCUGCUUUUUGCAAGAAUUAUGACCCCUUUUGGACUUAGAAAAUAUCAGAUUUCUUGGUAAAGUUUUGAGUUUAGGUAAACUUUUCUCUUUACAAUCAAAGCUAGUGCUGUAAAACUUGGAGCAGUUAUUUGCCAUUAAAAGCUGACUCUGCACAGCAAGUACUGUAACUCUACAUUGUUUUUUGCAGUUAUUAUGGCCCAUUUUGGACUUAGAAAAUCAUGAGAAGGACAAUAAUUCAAUUCUAUUAUACAGAGACAAAAAAUCAGAUGAGCGUCUGCACCCACAAGGUGGUGCUCAUUAAUAGAUUACAUCCCUUCAAAGGCACUGACCUCCAGAUUGUAGGCCAACAAAAAUAAGAGAAAAUUUGAAGAUAUCAGGAAACUUUUGCUAUAUUUCUCAAGGUUUUUGAAACUUACCGACAGAUUAUGGAAACACAUGAGAAUUAGUUGUUUUUACUAAUUUUUCCAUUCAAAAUUGAAAAGAUUUUGAAACCGGGGUACUGGAGGUAAUCUGCUUUAAUUAAUUAGUUAAAUACUAAUUCCUCCGUGGUGUGGUAGUAAAUAUGAUAUGAAACUCUCAUUGUUAAGGCGUCCAAGAUUUGAUUCCCAUGUUGGGUGUUUUUUUGUUUUUUUUCUUGAUUUCACUUUUUUUUAAAGAUAGUUUAGAAACUUAAACUUGUUUUCUAAUGUACAUAAUGUGACAAAAUUUCAAUUUUAAAGAUAAUUUUUAGCUAAAAUAUGGACUAUCUGUUUAUAAGGCAAAUUGUUGUCAAAUAUGUUUAAAUGCAAUAACUAAGUUUAGUUGUGUUCAUACAUUGUCUACAAAAUAAUAGUUAGCGUUAACAGAUUUAUACAAAUAAUUUCCCUUUUGGGUUUUACGGCACACCAACACAGUAUAGUUUAUAUGGCCCCAAACAGGACUACAAAUUUUAGUUUCGUAUCUCAUUUACAUUGAAAUAAAACAGGAGGUAUGGAAUCAAAAUUUGCAUAUCUGCUGGAAUCACAGAGUUACAGUGAUUCCAAUUCUUUUCAUACACAGAUCGUCCCAGAACCACAUGGGGCUUCCCUCGUCUGUCUUUUUCACCAUGAGUGGUGGGGGCAUAUAGAUUUGCUAUUGUCCGUGCGUCCAUCCGUCCGUCCGAAGUUCGUGACACGCCUAGCUCAAAAAGUAUUUGAUAUAAAUUAAUGAAACCUUGCAAGAGUCUUUAUCAUGAUGUGAACUUGCGCACCUUCUAUUUUUCGUCUGGCUCCGCCCCCUAAUUUUAGAGUUAUGGCCCCUGAAAUAGUCAAAAAUGCACAUUUUCACCUUGUGACACAUCUAGCUCAAAAAGUAUUUGAUAUAAAUUGAUGAAACCUUGCAUGAGUCUUUAUCAUGAUAUGAACUUGCGCAUCUCCUAUUUUUCGUCUGGCUCUGCCCCCCAUUUUUAGAGUUAUGGCCCCUGAAAUAGUCAAAAAUGCACAUUUUCACCUAAUUAUGUGCCUCACUCAAAAAGUAUUUAAUGUAAAUUCAUGAAACCUUGCUUGAGUCUUUAUCAUAAUGUGACCUUGCACACUUGGCAUUCUUCUUGAGAAUUUUAGCAUUUAUUACAGAGUUAUGGACCUUGAAAUAGCCAAAAUAGUGGAUUUUUUGUUUGUGAUGCUCAUAGCUCAAGAAGUAUAUGGUAUAGAAAAAUGAAUCCAUUUCAUAAUUGUUUUUUGAGUCUAUACCCCAUUAAGACUGCAAACAUUUGAAUGAUUUCCCCUUAUUUGUGACAAAUGUACCAGUGGGGGGCACACCCUGUGUCCUACAGACACAUUCUAGUUAAAUCAAAGGUCAAGGUCACACUAAGAGGGCAAAUAUUUUGUCAUAUGUCUUUGAUGAUCUAUAACUUUUAUAUGCAUAGAAAGAUAUUCAAAUAAUGUAGUGCAGUCUUGCACUACUUUGCCUCAACAAGCCAAUGUAAUACUUAAUCAUUUAAAGGUGUAUGUAUAGUCGUAUUUCUUUACCAGUCUGUAACUUCAGUAUUCAUGUUCUGUUGUCAAAGUGCCGUUACUCACAGGACUCGUACUUAAAAACAAUUUGAGGACUGUUAGAUGCAGGACUGUGUUAUCCUGUAUAGCAGGUAACAUAGUUUACUUUUCCUUUGCAUUGAUAUAACACGGAUAUGAUUAGUACAGUGGAACCUCCCUAAUCCGAACCCCUCUAAUCCGAAAACCUCUCUUAAACUGAACAAAUUAUUUGGUCCCAUUUUUUCUUAUUCAUGCUCCAUUGCAAAAGUACCCUUGUAAUCUGAAACCUCUCUACUCCGAAAACCGAACAAUCUUUUCAGAUUUUUAUAUCUAAUUACAUUAAAAUCUACCCUUCUAAUCCGAACCUUAUUCAACGUUUCUGAUGUGAAUCUUGUUAACUUUUGACAUUUUUAAGUCUGUUUACAAUUUUAACUAUUACUCUUCAUAAAGGUGUCAACAACAAUCAUGACACUAGGCCCCAACACUGGUAAUCAAAAGUCGUGUCAGAUAUUUGCAUGCAAUAAGCACAGGUGUGAAAGAAGCAAGUACAAGUAGUUUGUUUGAACAGAAAUUUGUAAGACAUUAGACAUAAGUGCAAUAAGUAUUGCCAAUGUAAUAAAUCCUUAUCAGUUUGUUUAUCCUAUACCUUCCUUAUAUAUUUUUGUGCAAUUUGUUCAUUUUGCAAAUUGAUUCACUGAAAGUGGUACUAAAUCGGAUCAUUACAAUAACCGGACAAGUAAAAUAUUCACAUUUUAGCUACCUUCUGGGAAUGUAGGAGUGGUGAAAAAAAAUGUUUACAAGAGAUAUUGAGAAGUUGAAUUAACAUGAAAAUUACAUAACACUAAGGCAGUCUACAUGUUGCUUAUAAUUUAAGUAUUUCUUAUUAUUCUGUUCACAAAAAGAUGAAUCUACACAUCAUGUAUAACAAAUAGCACAGUUUUUUGUUCUAAAAUAGAAAACUUUCUAAUCCGAAAACCCCUCUAAUCCGAACUAUUUUUCUGGUCCGAGCAUGUUCGGAUUAGACAGGUUCUACUGUAUUGACAAAUGGUGUCCACUCAACAGUAUCACUCUAUUAAUUGAUUGUAUAGGGUUAGUCUACUGUACUGCUAUUGAUUGUAUAGGGUGUCUACUGUACUGCUAAAUAGUAUAUGAUGUAUUAUAUUAAAAUGCAUUUUGUUUACUGCAACAUAAUUCCAAAGACUAUGUAUACAUUUUGUUUAUUAAUUUAUUUUUAAAGAAAGCUUGUAGAAUUUUGUAAAUUAACCCAAUUGUUAUAUACCUUUCAUAAUUGUGUACUACCUGUAUACUGAAAUAAAAUUAUAUGAAAUAAA